GAUAGCCAUCACAAAAUGAAGCUUCAGGUAACCGCGGUCGCCUCCCUCCUGGUGGCCCUGGCCGCGACGGCCGGAGCUGUAACCUUCGACGCGUCGAACACUGCCUCGGGCACCGCGGGCGGCCAGCGGUUCAACCGGGACGUCGGCCUCGCGUACUCGAAGAAGGUCCUCUCCGACGCCUCCACCUUCAUCUGGAACACCUUCAACCAGCGCGCCGCCUCUGCCCGCAAGCCAGUAAACGCCGUCACCCUCGUCGUGGAGGACAUCGGCGGCGUCGCCUUCACCAGCGCCAACGGCAUCCACCUCAGCGCCCAGUACGUGGGCGGCUACUCCGGCGACGUCAAGAAGGAGGUGACCGGGGUGCUGUACCACGAGGCGGCGCACGUGUGGCAGUGGAACGGCCAGGGCAACGCCAACGGCGGGCUCAUCGAGGGGAUCGCCGACUACGUGCGGCUCAAGGCCGGGUUCGCGCCGGGGCACUGGGUGAAGCCCGGGCAGGGAGACCGGUGGGAUCAGGGCUACGACGUCACCGCCAGGUUCCUCGACUACUGCAACUCGCUCAAGCCAGGGUUCGUCGCGCAGCUCAACGCCAAGAUGAAGGGUGGCUACUCCGAUGACUUCUUCGCGCAGAUUCUCGGCAAGAACGUGCAGCAGCUGUGGAAGGAUUACAAGGCCAAGUUCGGAGGCUGAAUGGUUCAGUGAUGGGCUGUAGUUAGUCAUUGCUCCUUCAAGUGUGAUGGCAUACAGUAUAUUCUAAAUAAGUCAUGCAUGUGAUCGGAAAAGCAAGUACUAAAAUAUGAAUAAACGAAUUUGCUAAUUCUAAA